CGGUUGGGCAACGCGUCGCGGGUCCGAGAUGACGUGAUGGAAGUUAGUGACGACGUCCUGACGCGCGACGUCAGGACUGUGGCCGACUUGGAAGCCCUGUAUGCAUCUAAGACCGUCGUUGCGACAACGUGUCUCAGCUUGGCUCAUCCAAUGUUUGCCAGAGGCAGGAAAUUUGACGUUUGCAUCAUAGACGAAGCAGCGCAAGCCCCUCAACUUGCUGCAAUUGGCCCGCUAUUCUUUGCUGAAAAAUUCGUUUUGGUCGGUGAUCCUCAUCAGCUGCCUCCUGUGGUCGUCAGUGACUCUGCC